AUGCAUCAUUCGGUGGAUAGACUGCUCAAUUCAAUAAAGCGGAGACGUCGCGGGGCCGGGAUCGCGGAGCUUCGACACGACCCCUUUUUAGAGCGCAGUGGGCGCGUAUGGAAACUUCAUUUGGUUUAUCACGAACUGGCUGGUUCCACGAUCAUCGCGUCUGAUGGUGUGAUCGAUGCGUCGGUAGUCGGUUGUCAACGGACAACAUCAGCGAAAGCCAAGGUUUUGCUGGCCUGGCACCUGGAAAGGCACUUGCGAAUCACACUAAAACGUUGCUGUAAGCAAAGUGUACUGAACUCCUCGCUC